AUGCGCGGAUUGUGGAGGAAAUGCGUGAAAUCAAUUGAUUCUAAACAAGCAGGAUUAACAUCAAUACAAAUUUUAGUUGUCGUUGUCGUCCUCGGGAUUAUAGCCGCUGUGCUUUUCGCACCUCGGUUGCUCGGACAAGCGGGGCGUGCAUUACAAGCACAAGCCGAUGCAGACAUUGAAACGCUCGGAAUCGCUCUUGAUAGAUAUGCCAAAGAUAACGGCGAUUAUCCGUCAACCGAACAAGGCUUGAAGGCACUUUGGGAGAAACCUGAGGCACCGCCGAUACCUAUAAACUGGCUGGAACCCUACAUCCAGAUCCCAAUUACGGAGGAUCCGUGGGGAAACCCUUAUAUCUAUAUCCGUCCGGGCAUACAUGACCGGUACGGGUACGAUCUCAUCUCGUUCGGAAGUGAUGGUGUUGAAGGCGGAACAGGCGAGGCUGAGGAUGUCGUCAGUUGGAUCCGACGAGAUGAAUAA